AUGUUUUCGUGAUUCUACAACCUUGUGCACGGUGGUCUACGCGAAGGCGGGCACCUUUACGUAAAAUUGUCGUAGAGACUGGAGGAAAAGCUUGCAAUUGGUGGUGUGCCUGUGCAACCGCAAAAUGCCUAUCACCUUGGAUACCCAACUUCCGUCGGAAGCUGAGCUGACCGUUCCGGAGCUAGAGAUUGGAUAUCCUGCUUUGAGAGCUGGAGCUUUCCAUGUUGGGAAGUACUGCGAGGCUCAGCGAAAUGAGUUCAUGCUGUGCCGGAACGAGGAGAAGGACCCGCGCAAGUGCCUGGCCGAGGGCCGAGCCGUCACGUCGUGCGCGCUCGAGUUCUUCCGCCAGGUGAAGCGCUCGUGCCUGGACGAGUUCAACCAGUAUGCCAACUGUCUGGACAAGGGAUCGCCGGACCUCAAGUACAGAUUGUGUCGCAACACGCAGUCGGUGUACGAUAAGUGCGUGCAGGACAAUCUGGGCCUGGAGCGGCCCUACUACGGCUACUUCUGCGAGCCGAAGGUGAUCCAGACCAGCAGACCGCGGCCGGAGCCCGAGAAGCCGCUCGAGUUCCCGAAUACACCGGACGAGCUGCCGGACUCGGCGCCGCGGAAGCCAGCGCCCGUACAGUUCUUGGUGACGGCCAUGGGCCCCACCAGCUGA